AUGCAUUCUGGCUCUUCGCACCUUGACCGACUUGCCAAGUCUCUCAGCGGACGCAGCCAGCAGUCGAAGGUGUACUUGGCAGCUGCGCCGCAGUGCCCUUAUCCUGAUGCCCAUCUUGAUGGGGCUAUAAAGACUGGCCUCUUUGACUAUGUUUGGGUUCAGUUCUACAACAACGCUCAGUGCCAUUAUGCCGGCAAUGCUGACAAUCUUUUGAAAGCGUGGAACCAGUGGACUUCAAGCCAGGCCAAGCAGGUGUUCUUGGGGCUGCCGGCGUCGGAGGCAGCGGCCCCGAGCGGCGGAUUUAUUUCUGCUGCUGUUCUCACUUCUCAGGUUCUUCCGAAGAUUAAGGGGUCUGCCAAGUAUGGAGGAGUCAUGCUUUGGAGCAAAUACUAUGAUAAUGGUUAUAGCGCAGCCAUAAAGGGUAGUGUCUAAGCAUAUAUAUAUAUAUAUAUAUAUGUAUGUAUGUAUUCAAUAUUGGUAAUGGUUGAUGAAUAAGUCAAACGGAUUUUGACAUACUAAAUUACUAAUAAUAGGUUUUUUGCUGCCUAUUGAAGUGACAUGUUUCCAAGUGGAUGUAAUCUUAGAUUUUGAACUAAAUAAAUGAAUAAAAGAGCGUAUUAUGAGUUACUUUAA